UGCGGUUUUUAUCUUCAUUUUUUUUUAUCAAUUUGUAUUUGGACGGUCGAAUGCGAUUUAUUUGCAAGCGAAUGCCUAAUUUAUGCUGCUAAGUCCUAAUUCCGACCUGGUUUUGAAAUUGAUGUGGUUCAAGACCGUUGAUUGUUUUGCUUGGUUGUUAUCUGAAUUCAGGACGCAGCUUGGCUCCCUAUUUGGCUACAGCCAUAUGAGCAUCCAAACAACGAAUUUCACGCCAAAAGUCAAGAAAAUGCAAUUCCAGAUAUGGUCAAGGAAUGUCAAACUUUACACGAAGGUUUAUUCAAAGGGAGUAACACUCAAUCAAUUACAAGUGGAGCAGCCAAAUAUACUAGCUGUUUCUUACAUUUAUCUGGCGAUGUUGAACAACAGGUUGGAAGUGCUUCUUGUUCAGAUGUAAGGUUCAAUACCUACUUAGCUAUGCAUUUCUGCCUGCAUCUUUCUUCAGAAAGUACUUCACAAGUUUCAACCGGUCAAUAUAAUGAAAUUACUCAUUUGUGGAAGCAUGAAAUGGACAAACGUUUAUCUCACAGAAGUUUCUCCAAGAAUCCCGCGUUCAUUCACGGUUUGGCCUGUCAGUAUUCAUGCAGGGACCCAACCCCAGGACUUGGUAAUUCGCCAUCAGUCUUUAAGAAAAUUGUGUCGUCUGAACCAAACACAGAUCAACUAAUCAAAACUAACCAGAAUAUUGAGCAUGAAUUUCAUGGAAAACUUGAUGGCGGAGACCUCAAGAGUACUGUUACAGAUGAUGUUGUCGAGCUCUCCAUUGCUGCCUCUGAAGCAGUGGUUAUUUCCGAAAUGUUGUUUAGUAGCAUGCAAUGUGAACCUCUUUCUGAUGCAGCAAUUAUUGAAAUUGCUCUUCGUUUGAAACAUGCCCGAAAUGAAUGUCUGUUGGAAACAGCUCAUACAUUUUCAGUUGCCGAUCCCGAUGAUACUGAUCGCCUAUCUGAUUUGGAUGAAAAUUCUAUGUCUGAUGCAUUUGAAGAUGUAGGCUUAACGGUUGAGCAAGUUGCUGAAACGUCAAUAUGCCCAUUUACUCAUAGAAAAUCCUCCAACAGCACUCAAGUUUCAGGUACCAAACAGCAGGAGAUAUUGAAGCCCGAUUUAUCGUAUGCCUGCAAUGUAUUAGCUAAAGAUCUUGUACAUGAGCGGAAAGCACUUCCAGAAAAUAUUGGACAUGAGUGGAAAGCACUUCCAGAAAAUAUUAAGGGUGUCUGUACUGGUAAAACAAUUUCCCAAAUACAAACAAAAUCCUGGGAUAAUUUUCCUCUGAAUUACUCUAGACCAUCGUUAAAAGAUCAUACACCAGAGCAGGAGCAAAAGUUUCACAAUAAAGAUGCUUUGCCAGUAAACCAGAUGGGCUUUAUGAAGCAUCACUGUAUACAAAAGGUGGGAAAGGUUCCGCAACCGAGCAAUGCAAAGGUCAAAAAGCACUUAAAGUUCUUUAACUGGGAGACCAGCUUUCUUUCGGAAUCCAUAGAUUCUUUGGAGCAAGAUGUAUCACAGUUAAAACAGUCAGUAGAACUUGCAGUAGUUUCUUCUUCAGACACCAUAUUGCGACUUUCAUCUUCCAACUUUUGCUCCGAACAGGAACCUAAACAUGGAGCACCACUUUCACAAGAUUAUUCUAGGACCGCAUCACUUUUUGAUCCUCUAUGUUCUGUCGUUCCUUGUAGUAUUUCUAGUGGAGUGUAUGUUGGCUAUGAAACCAAAUGUGCAACAGAUGGUGCUCAAAAGUCGAAGAAUCCAAUUACUACAAUAUACUCAAAAUGUUUAGAUGGAAAUUCUCUCUUGCAUAAUAAUGUUAUGUUACAGAAACCAUUCCUUGAGAGAAUAGACCUCAUUCUCUCUAAUUCGAGUGAAAGGAUUGUUGAAUGUUCUAAUAAAAACGAUACUGAGCUGCCAGGAAAAUGGUUGGAUGAAGGUAGAUCAAACAACGAACAAAUUCUUGAACAGAAUAAAAUUAGAGUGUCAACUUUUGCGAUUCAGAACACUGAUAAUAAUGACACUCAAUUAACUGUGCAUGGAGAUGCAUGCUCAUCUCCUAUACUGGAAGGUUGCGAUGUAACUAUGGGUGGUGAUAUGCAUGAGAGCAUUAAAAGCUUGUCUGCAUCAGCUUUAGGGAAAUGCAGAUCAGAUGAUUUAACUAAAAAAGCUAGCUACAGGAGUGAAACAAUUAACAGAUCUCAUAUACAUGUACAAUCAAAUUUACAAUCAACUCCUGGAGAUGAAAGAACUAGGAAGAAGAGAGUUCGAUUUCAGGAAGCCCCCUACGAUAUGGAUGGGCCUAAGGUGUCUAAACUCCAGCCUAAAUGUUCUUGUUCUGGAACUGCCACUAGAUGCAAAUCUGAAUACAGAUGGUAUCAUAAGUACGAACAAUUGAUCAGUAAUAGGACAGUGAGGAACAAAGAAAUAAUAUUUCAGGGUGUGGAAUUUCUUUUGACUGGGUUCUCAAGUUGCAAAUCAAAGGAUCUUGAAGAAUUAAUUAGAAGACAUGGUGGAUAUGUUCUUCCAAAUAUACCAUCAAAAUUUCCAUGUUUAAGUGUGAAGCCUAUUAGCUUAGCAAGCAGGAAACUUCCUGUUAUCCUAUGUCCAAAGAAGGUUGAAACUACUAAAUUCCUAUAUGGCUGUGCAGUUAAUGCCUUCAUCAUAAAUGUUCGCUGGCUUGUGGAUUCAAUACAAGCUGGCACUGCAUUACCACCGGGGAAGUAUAUGUCUUGGCCUAUUCCUGGCUCAAAGGGAAAUAGGAUGAUCAUUGGGGAGCCAUUUUGGCGCAAUAAUGGCAUGCCCAUAUUUCAUAAAGUAGGGAUAAUGCUACAUGGAAAAGUCAAAUUUUGUACCAAAUUCAUGAAAAUUGUAAAGCAUGGUGGUGGACAUGUGUUCAAGUCUUUGCAGCGACUGGUGCAGAGCUUGAAAAAUGGAACCAAGACAUUAGGAGUUGUUCUUGUUAAGAAUGAAAGCUGUGUUUCACGUCACUUGAAGCAUUGUGCACUGGAACAUGACAUACCAACAAUGCCAGCCAGCUGGAUCAUAAAUAGCUUAUUAUGUGGGAAACUUCUUUCUCCUAAGAGGGAUCGUUGUGCACCCCUACAUCGGAUUAAGAUGCCAUCAUUUCCUGAAACACAAGCUGGUGUUGAUAUGAGUCAGGAAAUCUGAAUUUUAUGACAACGCAGACAAUCACAAUUUCUGCAAUUUUGUUAAGGAUCAGAAAUAAAACCUGUAAAAUAAAAGGCAAAAGGAAGCCAUAACCGACAUAGCACGCUGAUGCUAUAGAUUAAUCAAGGAAAUAGUAACGAGGAAAGUGUCAAAAUGGCCCAGAGUCUAUAAAAGUAUCAAUUUAGUCCCCAAAUUUUUUUAAUGGGGAUUAAACUGUGAGGAUUAUUUUAGUAACUAUUUUAGCCCAUAUUAAAAGUGUCUGGAUUAAUUUGACACUUUUAUAAACUCAGGGUCUAAGAUGACUCCCUUGGCGCUUAACACAACUAAUAGCCUUGCAGAUCUUGGUAACUGUCUGGUGACAAAUUUCUCUCAUGCUCCAUUAUAGCUUUUCCAUCAUAGCAUGAGAAUGUUAUAUUCGUUGAGUUUAUUUUAAAAUAUUGAUCGUAUGGUGGUUCCAAGCUUCCAAUCAAAUUGGAACAUAACACACAGAUAAUGCUCAGUUUCUAUUCCACAUCAUGUCGGAAGAGUCAGUUCUUUUUACAUCUUUUAUCUGUGAUGAUGAUGAAACAUCAUGAUGAUUCAUUCUAUCUGCCACUGAUUUAUGUGUAUUUCAUUAACAAUUUGAUGAUAUUAAUAUUUAUUUUUCUAUCUAACUUUUCCUUAAACUCAUUUGUUUCAAGUUGAUUAUUUUCUAGGAACUAGAACAUAGAAACUAGAACAAUGUUGAUGUUUUCAGCAGCUUAAGCUAGCAUGAGGAAUGAUUACUUGGAGGCUGAGCUCAAAGGUAGGUGUGUGUUAUAGUAGCUUUCAUUGUAAAUUGAUUCAGUUUUUUAUUCAAUCUUC